AUGGACCCGACGAAGAGCGCUCCGUUGCGCCGCCGGAAGAGCAACCGCAACAGCCUCUUCGACAGCUCGGACGAGGACGCCUCACGCGGCCUCACGCGCAGCGACAAGGGCCGCGACAGCAAAGGCGGCAGCGACAGCCGCAAAGGUCUCUUUGAUGACCACGACGACGAGAACGGCGACGACGGGCUGCCCCUCGAGCAGCUGCAGCAGUCCAUCAAGGAGCGACAGCUGCGCAAGAAAGCGCAUCUCGAGACGUUGCAGACGCAGGUGGUCGAAGCGACGACGCUCGCCAAUGCCUUCAAGGCAGAUGUCGCACAGCUCAGCUUGCAGCUUGGCAGUGCCAACGCGAAGAUCGAGAAGCGGAAUCGGCAGCUUCAAAACGCCAAGGACCUCGUCCAGUCGCUCCAGGCGCAGGUCGCGACACUGACGGCGCAGGUGCUCGAAGAAAAGUCCCUUCGCGGGCGCGACGAGCAGACGUGGCUCCUCGAGCGUGCGUCGCUCUUACGUCAGAUCGAAGAAUGGAAAGCUAAGGCCCACUUCACGCCCCUCCCGGUGCCCAUUUCGCCAACGACCAAGUCCGCGUCCGCAUCCUCUUUGCUCGGCAAACUCUGGUCCAAGGCAAAGCCGAAGGAAGAGGCCGUCGCACCCGCGCCUGUGACGACAGCACGCCCCCAAAUGUUCACCGUGCACGUCCAGUCCGAGGACGACGACGACGAAUCCAGUGACAGCCUCCUUGGCAGCAGUGACGACGAUGACGAUGACGCGAGCGACAGUGACAGUGACAGAGGACCAUUGCCCAUGCCCCCGCCCUUGCCGCGAGAGGCCCGCCCAUCGCCGCCCGUGGUCGAGAUGCACUCGACCGACGACGCGGAAGACGACGCCGAAGCUCUGGACAAUGACGAGGACGAUGACGAUCUGGCUCACCCGGCCUCAACCCGGCACAGCCACACCGAGCCCACGCCAUCGAGCGCACAUGAGCCCAAGGUGCCUCCGACAGUGUCGCGCAUGAACAUGUACAUGGAGAAGCGCGCCAAGAAAGAGGCGCAGAAGCGGGAGAAGGAGGCGCUCGAGGCCCAGGAAAAGAAUCGGUGGCAAGAGGUGUACGAGCAGGAAUGGGCCCAGCUCGCGCAGGAGGCCAAGGAAAGCAAGAUGAAACGCAAGCAAAAGAAGCCAUCGGUCACUGGCGCCCAGUUCACGCGCAUCUCCCGCCAGCGACCGUCCAGCAUGAAGCAUUUACAAAAACCUGCUGGUGUUGCUCCGACACCGACCGUGGUACCGGCGAGCCCGCCAGCACCGAGCACCGGCGUCGUGCCCCCGCCACCACCCGUACCGGUGCCCGUCGACCUGACACCGCCGGUGGUCGCAUCGCCUCCGCUGCCGCCCGAGCCGUCGGACGCCGACGUCGAGCUGUACCGCCGACAGCAGGCGCGCCUCCAAGAACUCCACGAAGCCGGUAGGCAUAGCGAUUGA